AUGAUUAAAAUUGUAGAACAAAAAGACAAAGCUCCUAAAAAGUUCAAGCGGAAUAGAUUUCCUGCCCAUUAUCAAGAGUUCAAUAGGCUUCAAGGAGUGUUCAAACAGAAAACUAUAGAGGCAGAGACUAUAUGGUACUACACGCUGGAGGAUUGCGUAUUGGAGCGUUGUGAGACCGUGAGAGAUUUAGGUGUCUACACCUACUUUGACCGGGAACUCACCUUCAAUGAUCAUAUCAACCAAAUAAUUUCUAGUGCAUCUAAAACGUAUGGCUUCAUAAUAAGAAUCUGUAGGAUGCCGAACGAAUACAAGCGAAAGACGAAUCGGGGUAUGGCAAGCAAAGGAAUUUACGAACUGGCUUCCGAAGAAGUGAUGCUACGUAAUAAAUCUCUUCGUGAUGCUGCCACAAGUUAUGAUAUAAACCAUACGUCGCUUUACAGAUACAUUAAUAAAAAACAAGCGUAUGAGAGCAAUAAGACCAUCCAACUACCCUCAAUUGGAUAUCAUCGCCCCACAGUGUUUACCAAAGAGGAAGAAAAAUCAUUGUGUGAAUACGUUUUGACCUGCUCUGAUGCCAAUUUUGGGUUGAGUACAAAAGAAGCAAGAAAACUUGCAUUGAGGAAUAUCGCCUUAACUUUUUAUCCCACAGCAUCUUGA